UUUGAAAAGGCGGCUGGUUCAAUUUUCGUGGAUUUUCUGUUGCUACAGUUUUGAUGUAAACAUGAUGCGGAAGUCCAGUUUGGGAGGCCGUGCAUCUCUAGCAGGGCCAUUAAGAGUGAGGACUGAUGAUAACGUAAAGCCGUCAAGCAGCAGACAGUCAGUAGGGUGUGGACUAUCGUCGGGAAACAGGUUGUCAAUAGGAAGCAGACCAUCACUGGGGGGAAGACCGUCAAUAGGACGGGCUCAGAAGCCAGUGUCACGAUACAGUGCAUAUCCCACCACUGCAGGUCAAAAGAGAAGACAUUCAAGUGGCAUAGGAAUCCGUGGCCGCACCGAUGUACCAAAAGAUCCAAGACCGAUAUCUGACAAGAGUUUCCAGCACAAGCUGAUAAGACAGCUCCUGGAGUGGCUGACAGAUAAGGGUUAUUCACAUCCCAUCUCACAAAAGAUCCUUGUAUCACCACCAAGUAAAGAAUUCUUUAGAAUAUUUGAGUUCUUAAAUGGUCACCUUGAACCCAAAUACAAGAUUGGUCCUAAGCCAGAGGAGGAGAUUCCCAAGAUUUUCAAAGUGUUGGGUUACCCAUUCUCCAUCUCCAAGAGCUCCAUGUUUGCCAUCGGCAGCCCCCACACCUGGCCCUACCUCCUGGCAGCCCUCAUCUGGCUGGUGGAACUCAUCAAGAUGGGCCACUUCAUGAGCGAUAAAGCAGGCAUUGAAGCUAUUCUCUUCCCACACGAGGAGGAUGAUUUUGACUCCAGUCCAGAGAAUAAGCUUCUGUUUGAGUACUGUGAAAACACCUAUGCUGCCUUCUUGUCUGAGGAGGAUGAAUAUGAUGCCUAUGAUGAGGAAUUGUCGAGGAUGCUAAAGGACAAGUACCAGGGCACAGGAGGUGGUAUUGAUGCCCUCAUCGCAGAAAAUGCACGUCUCAAGCAGGAGCUGGAACUACUUGAACAGGACGGGGAUCGACUGGUUGGUCUACAAGAGCAGCGUGAGGUUGUGCGGAGUGACAUGACAAGGUUUGACCAGUACCUGGAGGAGAUGUCAUCCUACCGGCACAAGCUGGAAGUCCAGCAGAGGGAGCUGGAGGAGGACAAUGGAGGUCUAGAGGCUGAAUACAGGUCAGUGGAACAAAAGAACAAGCACAUGCAGGCAAUCUACGAGACACAGAACCUGACCCCCGCAGAUGUGGAGCGCCUGAAGCUGAACCGGCAGGAACUACAGCGGCAGAUUGACGCCCUGGACAAGGAGAUUGAGCAGGACGACCUUGACAACUGGAAGGAAGAGAUGAACAUGGCUAAGUCCAGAGAACGGAUGGAAACGAAGAGCAGUGAAUACAAUAAAAUGGCUCAUGGUUUGAAGCUUGUCCCAGUGUCAGCUGAGAAUGCAUGUGGCGUUGACUAUGAACUGAAGACUUCAUACCAGAACACAAUGACUGUUGACUUUGACAGUACGAUCAAACCUGCACUGAUGCAGCUGAAGAAACAGUGCAAUGUCAGCUUAAAUGAGAAGUCGCGGCAGUUAUUGAUCCAGCAGGAUUCCUUGGAGCAGCUAUCUGAGCUCGUAACAGAGCAGCAGGAUGCUGUCAGGGUGAUGGAAAAGAAUCUGAACAUAGCCGAUGAGGAGUACAAGACUGAAAAAGAGAGCUUUCAGCAAGAGGUUCAGAACAUCUUGGAGGAUAUCGAGCUCAAACAGAAGAUGUGGGACAACGGCAGGAAGUCCUCGCAACUCUGUCGGCAGGAGACACAGAAGGAGUUCAAGGAUGCAGUCAAACUAGCUGAACAGAGGAAGAUUGACUUGUUGGAUGAGGAUCAGAGGUCGGUGGAGUUCCUGGACACAGUCAUCCGGGAAGUCGUGGCCCACAAAACAGCUAUUUCAGAGAGACUACAGGAGGUGGUUGCAGAUACAAGGGUACUCCAGCAGAAAACACAAGAGGAAACGGAAAAGAUAUUUAGUUGUCACUGAAUAUCAUACUUGGACUCUUUUUUCACCUCUACACACAAUUUGUGGGACAAAACAGCUUCUUACUCGUCAUGGCAACAGUGAUUUUUAAGAGACAAAUCUAAAAACGUCACUGUUUGGUCGUUUAGUAGUGCUCUGAUGUAAUAUACUGUAAAUAUCAUGUAAGCCUUGUAUUGUGACAUGUCUGGGCUUGUUCCCAUCAUGUAGUGAUCCUGCUGUUACAUCCUGCUGAGCCUUGGGCAAAAGGGCACACUGGUCUACACUACAGCAAACCUGAGAAGACAUGACCCAGUAGAAAUACACCCUGCCUGAUCAACACUGAUGGCCAUAGAAGAGGAUUGCCAACUUUUCUGAAUGUAUUUAUUUCAUUUAUUAAAAUACCAUCUCUGUGUCGGCUAA